AUGUCGGAUGCCAACCCCAUCGAGCCCAGGUUUGAGGAUGGUCACGACCUUCCCCAGGAUUCAGCCAACCAGGACUCGUCUGAUGAAAUAUACUGCGAGCAAAAGCCAAUCAGAUCCGUCGAAGCAAAGCUCAAACAAGUGACCGUGACAUGGAAUCAAUUGUCUAUUCAUGUUCCGGCCUCUGAGGCGGUCCAGGGCGACACUCUAUGGUCGGAGGUUAACCCUAAGAACUUGUUAGGCAUGUUCAAAAGAAAUCAGGAGGCGACGAUUCUCUCGGACAUGACUGGCCAAGUGCGGCCGGGAGAAAUGAUGCUGGUUCUUGGUAGGCCUGGAGCUGGCUGCUCAACAAUGCUCAAGAUACUGUCGAACGAUCGUGAUGGGUUUGACAGAGUCGAUGGGUCUGUCCAUUAUGGAAGCCUAGACGACAAACAAGCUGCCAAAUUCCGCCAACAAUUGAUGUUCAACAAUGAAGAUGACAUCCACUUUCCAACGUUGACCGUCGAUCAAGCUAUCAAGUUUGCCCUUCGAACAAAGACCCCGGCGGACAGACCUGAAGGGAUGACCCGGGAGGCUUUCGUGGAAAAGACACGAGACGAGAUCCUCAGCUCACUGGGCAUCUUACACACCAAGCGAACUCUUGUGGGAAACGAGUUUGUCCGCGGUGUAUCUGGCGGAGAGCGAAAGCGCGUGUCACUUGCGGAAGUUAUGGCAGGUCAAAGUCCCUUGCAAUGCUGGGAUCAGUCCACUCGAGGUCUUGACGCCAGCUCUGCUCUAGAUUUUGCUAAAAGUCUUCGCCACUUGGCCGAUGAGCAACGGAAAACAAUCGUUGCCACCCUUUAUCAGGCAGGAAACGCCAUUUACGACCAAUUCGACAAACUGCUGGUGAUCUCUAGUGGACGCACUAUCUACUAUGGCCCUCGUCAUCUGGCGCGUUCCUACUUCGAGGAAAUGGGAUUCGUCUGUGGUCGUGGAGCCAACAUUGCUGACUUCCUUACCUCUGUCACUGUGCCAACUGAACGUAUCAUCAAACCUGGUUUUGAACAGAGUGUUCCGGGAAAUGCCAUUGAGUUUGAGUCCCGGUACAAAGCCUCCAAGGUGUACAAUACGAUGAUCGAGGAGAUGAUCCCACCACGAGAGCUGGAGGCAGAAAGUGCUACCUUUGCUUCUCUUGUCUCUCAAGAGAUCGCGGGCAAAGAUAUCAAUGUGAAGAACCCCUACAAUGCCUCACUUCGGGAUCAAGUUAUCGCGUGCACGAUUCGACAAAGCCAGAUUAUCUGGGGUGACCGGAUCUCACUUAUUAUCAAGGUCGCUUCAGCGCUGAUACAAGCCCUCGUCUCCGGCAGUCUGUUCUACAACCUAGCGGAUACUAGUUCCUCAACAUUCCUGCGACCUGGUGCCCUUUUCUUCCCUCUCAUGUACUUUUGCAUGCAGUCGCUCUCGGAAACGACUUCAUCUUUCAUGGGGCGCCCAAUUCUUAGCCGACAGAAACGAUUUGCAUUCUAUCGACCUACGGCCUACUGCAUUGCUAGUGUUAUUACUGAUAUUCCAGUCGUUUUCCUGCAGGUCACAGUGUUUACAAUCGUUUAUUACUGGAUGUGUGCUUUCCAGGCAGAUGCAGGGAAGUUUUUUACUUUCUGGAUCUCCGUGAAUGCAAGUACGCUCUGUUUUCUGUCAUUUUACCGUUCGAUUGGGGCCAAUUGCACCAAGUUUGGUAAUGCGUCAAAGGUUUCUGGGUUCCUCACAACAAUUAUGAUGAUUUACACGGGAUACUUGAUCCCAUUCCAGAAAAUGCAUGUGUGGUUUCGGUGGAUCUUCUGGAUCAAUCCCGCAUCUUAUGCAUUUGAGACUUUGAUGGGCAAUGAGUUUGGUGGUCUCACCAUGAACUGCGUCAGCCCUGAGUAUGUGCCGUACGGAUCCAGCUAUGACAAUGAUGAGUUCCGCGGCUGUACCAUUGCAGGAGCUUCUGGUGGAGGAAUUUCAGGAGCAGACUACAUAUCUGCCCAGUACCAUUACUCCAUCCACCAUGUGUGGAGAGGCUUUGGUGUUGUUGUUGGAAUGUGGCUGUUCUUUGCCUUCCUCACAGCAGUUGGAUUUGAGCGUCUUCGCAGCCAAGGAACAUCUUCAUAUCUGGUUUUCAGACGCGGAAGUCAAAAAGCUCCCCGAGACGAAGAAAAGACCAACGCCAUCCAACCACAGGGCAACGCAGAUGCAGAUGAUGAUAUGCCAAAGCAAGCUAUCUUCACUUGGGAUCACCUUGACUACCAUGUUGAUUAUCACGGCUCGAAGCUUCAGCUAUUGAACCAAGUCUUUGGAUAUGUCAAGCCUGGUAACUUGGUUGCACUCAUGGGAUGCUCUGGCGCAGGCAAAACCACCCUCCUUGAUGUUCUUGCACAACGCAAGGAUUCCGGUGAAAUCACAGGCUCAAUUCUUGUGGAUGGGAAACCCCAAAACAUCAGUUUCCAGCGUACAACUGGCUAUUGCGAGCAAUUGGAUGUCCAUGAAUCAUCCGCUACCGUCAAAGAGGCUCUCAUAUUCUCAGCUUUACUCCGCCAGCCGUCUGAAGUCCCAAAGCAGGAGAAGAUCGAUUACGUGGACAAGAUUAUCGACUUGCUCGAACUAGGAGAUAUCAGCGAGGCGUUGAUUGGAGUUCCGGGUGCUGGACUGAGCAUUGAACAGCGCAAAAGAGUCACUCUGGGAGUUGAGCUCGUCGCUAAACCUUCUUUGCUUCUACUUGACGAGCCCACCUCUGGCCUUGAUGGUCAAUCUGCUUUCAACAUUGUCCGUUUCAUGAGAAAGCUUGCUGACUCAGGACAAGCUGUUUUGUGUACCAUUCAUCAACCAUCAGCUUCUCUUUUCAACGCAUUCGAUUACCUCUUGUUACUUGCAAAGGGAGGUAAAAUGACCUACUUUGGCCAAACUGGAGAGGGAUCCGAUAUCAUUCUGGAUUACUUCGCUCGAAAUGGAGCACCUUGUCCAGAAGACGCAAACCCCGCCGAGCAUAUUGUGGAUGUUGUUCAAGGGCGGUUUGAUCCUAACGUGGAUUGGAAUCAGAUUUGGGAAAAGUCCGAUGAAUGCCGGGUUGCACUUCGCGAACUGGAACAGCUCAAAGAAAAGGCGGCGAAUGAAGCAACAGAAGAAGUUAUGCUUUUGGACUACGCAACAUCCAAAUCUUACCAGCUGAAGCUGGUAUUAGAGCGACAGAUGGUCAAAUUGUGGAGAAGUCCAGACUAUAUGUGGAACAAGAUCAUCUUGCAUGUCUUUGCCGCACUCUUUAGUGGAUUUACAUUCUGGAAAAUUGGCGAUUCGAUCCUUGAUCUCCAGCUCCGACUGUUUGCCAUCUUCAACUUCGUCUUUGUUGCUCCUGGUGUCAUUAAUCAACUUCAGCCAUAUUUCCUGCAGAAUCGUGAUAUCUUCGAGACCAGGGAAAAGAAGUCCAAAACAUACCACUGGAUUGCCUUUAUUGGUGCUCAAGCCAUAUCUGAAAUGCCUUACCUGGUAAUUUGUGGUACUUUGUAUUUCCUCUGCUGGUACUUUACCGUGGGCUUUCCCAGCACACCUUCGAUUUCCGGUCAUAUGUUCUUCCAGAUGAUACUCUACGAGUUUUUGUACACUCCCAUUGGCCAAGCCAUUGCUGCCUAUGCUCCAAAUGAGUAUUCGGCUUCACUUGUCAACCCCUUAGUCUUAGGAGCUGGACUGAUCGGCUUCUGUGGAGUUGUCGUACCAUAUGAGAGCAUCAAUGUCUUCUGGCGUUACUGGAUGUAUUACAUGGAUCCAUUCACGUACCUCAUCGGCGGUCUACUUGGAGAAGUCCUCUGGGACGCCCCUGUCAAGUGCGCCGAGAAUGAAUGGACCAACAUUCCUCUUCCCAACAACGAGACGUGCGGAUCUUACAUGGGCUCUUUUAUUGAGUCUGCAGGUGGAUAUGUGCGUGACGCUGCUUCUACAUCCUCGUGCGAAUAUUGCCAGUAUGCGGUCGGGUCAGAGUAUGCACCACAGUUCAACUUAAAGGCCAAGUACUAUUCUUGGAGAGAUACUGGCAUCACUGCACUUUUCUGCAUCACCACUUACAUCUGCGUUUUUAUUAUGAUGAAGCUUCGCAGCAAGAAAACCAAGACUGCUUCAGACUAA